CGGAAGAGGCUGGUGCAGAGGGAAGGUAACCGUGGCGUCUGAGACCUGUGGUCUUUCUCCUUUAAACCUCCGCAUCUCAGCCCACAGCCCUGCACUUGUGAAGCCCGAGGGCCGAGGAGACCUUGAAACCCCAAACCCGCCUCCCAUCAGCAGGCAUGGGAGUGUGAAAUUUUUCAUCAUUCAAGUCCUUCUGCCUGUGAGUGUGGUGACAACAAGACAUAUCCUCAAGAUGCAGGUGUGAUUGGUCAACAUAAAGUCGCCUGAGAAAACGACCCAGAGCAGGAGGAGGAAGAGGACAAUAUGGCUGCUUCUCAGGGGCAGUUGACCUUCAGUGAUGUGGCCAUAGAAUUCUCUCAGGAGGAGUGGGCGUGCCUGGACCCAGCUCAGCGGAAACUGUACAGGGACGUGAUGUUGCAGAACUACAGGAACCUGGUAUUCCUGGGUGUGUCUAAACCAGACCUACUCACCUUUUUGAAAUACAUGAAGGAGCCCUGGGAGUUGAAGGGAAAAAAGGCAAUACCCAUCCAGCCAGGUAGGUGGGAAUCAAGGAAACAGAUGAUCCAGCUAUAUCUUCUCAAGUUACCCAAGGUUUCUUGUCAAAGUCAGGUGUAGAAGUGUCAUUCCAGAAAAUGUUACAGAGUACAUAUAAUGAAGAGAGAAGUCACCAAUGCAAUGAAUCUCAGAAAAACUUUAA